AUGUCACAUCAUUUCUCCCGCGAAUGGUAUGAUUCUACCUCUCACAGUCUGUUCAUUAUCUAUCUAUCUAUCUAUCUAUCUAUCUAUCUAUCUAUCUAUCUAUUUCUGUUCUGUCUAUCUAUCCAUCUGAUUCCGUUCAAUAUCAUCUAUUAUCUAUUUCGGUCUCCGCAUCAUAUCUAUCUAUUUCGGUCUGCGCAUUAUCUAUCUAUCUAUCUAUCUAUUUCGGUCUGCGCAUUAUCUAUCUAUCUAUCUAUCUUCAUUCGGUCUGCGCAUUAUCUAUCUAUCUAUCUAUCUAUCUAUCUAUAUCUAUCUAUUUCUAUCUGUUCUUAUCUAUCUAUCUAUCUAUCUAUUAUCUAUGUUUGUUCAUUAUCUAUCUAUCUAUCUAUCUAUCUAUCUAUCAUUCUAUCUAUCUAUCUAUCUAUCUUUGUUCAUUAUCUAUCAUUCUAUCUAUCUAUCUAUCUAUCUAUCUCUAUCUAUGUUUGUUCAUUAUCUAUCUAUAUAUCUAUGUUUGUUCAUUAUUCAUCUAUCUAUCUAUCUAUCUAUCUAUUUUUCUAUCUAUGUUUGUUUUUUAUUCAUUAUCAUUCAUCAUUAUCCAUCUAUCUAUCUAUCUAUCUAUCCAUCUAUCUAUGUUUGUUCAUUAUCUAUCUAUCCAUCUAUCCAUCUAUGUUUGUUCAUUCUAUUUAUCUAUCUGACCAUCCAUCUAUUCAUCUAUCUAUCUACGUUUGUUCAUUAUUUCUAUCUAUCUAUCUAUCUAUCUAUCUAUCUAUUCACGUUUGUUCAUCUAUCACAUUUAUCUAUCCAUCCAUUUAUUCAUCCAUCUAUCUAUCUAUCCAUCUAUCUAUGUUUGUUCAUUAUCUAUCUAUCUAUCCAUCCAUCUAUCUAUCUAUCUAUCUACGUUUGUUUCAUUAUCUAUCUAUCUAUCUAUCUAUCUAUCUAUCUAUCUAUCUAUCUAUCCAUCUAUCUAUGUUUGUUCAUUAUCACUCAUCCAUCUUCUAUCUAUCUAUCGUUUGUUCAUUAUCUAUCUAUCUAUCUAUCUCUAUCUAUCUGAAUCUUUCAUCCAUCUAUCUAUCUAUCCACGUUUGUUCAUCUAUCUAUCUAUCCAUCUAUCUAUCUUAUUGGAAAUAUCUAUGUUCAUUAUCUAUCUCUAUCUAUCUAUCUAUCCAUCUUUCUAUCAUCCAUCUAUCUAUCUAUAUUUGUCCAUCUAUCCAUCUAUUCAUCUAUCUAUCUAUGUUUUGUCCAUGA